AUGGAAAGCCCAGAUAUCUCUUCAGAGACCAACAAAAGGGAUCAAUCUGAUCAAUCUGACUGGCUAAAACAGCCCAAUUCGCAGCCAGAUUACAGAGAUUCUUCUGAACUAAAUGGGCGGAGGCCCUGCGGGGUUUUAAUUGGUCCACAUCGCGGGCGAGGGGCGGGGCCUCGGUCGUCCCGUUUGGCGCGUCUGUGAAGUGAUGCAGCUGCAGGUCAAGAGGAGAGAAGCUGCUGCUGCCUGAAGAGGAGGAGGAGGAGGAGAAGAAGUGAAGAGGAUGACAAGUCACUCUCUGCAUCGCAUCUAUGUCCAACAAACUACUUUUGUCUAACGAGAACUACCUCUUAAGCAUAAUUACUUUUUUUGUUUGGCUCUCUCAUUCGCAUGCCGUUAAAUCUUAAUUAAAAAACUGGCUAUCAAACCUGGAGGAUGUUCCGCGGGUUGUUAAAAUGGACACUUUGCCUUCUCGGGCUCAUAACGACGAGCCCUGCCGCACCUGAAGAUGCACCGGCGGAGUUUGGAAGCGAGUCCGGCUCCGGGAUGCUUCACACAGAUGAGCUGAACCUUCUGCAGGAGCUUUCCCUUCAGCUGUCCAACAGCAGCAACGCCUCACUGAGCCUAGAUGACAGCAGGUGCCCCGUUCUUCAUGUGGGACAGUACUCCACCUUGGCUCUCCCUCUCCGACAUCUCCUCACUGACGGUUUUGCUGACGAGUUCAGCGUACUGGUGCAGCUGAGGAGCCCUCAGAGAGACGAACGCAGUGUCUUCACCAUGCUCAGCCCCGAGAGCCACGUCAUGCUGCAGCUGCGGAUCAGUGCUCACGCCAUCAUCUUCAUCGCAACACAGCAGCGGCACUAUGAGUUCCCAGUCAGCGGCCUGUCUGAUGGAAAGUGGCACCACGUGGCCGUCAGUGUGUCUGCCAAGCGGCUGGAGCUGUAUGUGGACUGCUCCCUUGUGGAGAGUGUGGACUGGGUCUACGAAGCUCUGGGGAUCAGCAGCGACGGGCUGCUCGUGGUCGGAGGCGUCAUCGAGGGCUUUGAGACUCCGUUUGAGGGUCAAAUCCAACAACUGAGCGUCCUGAUGGGCGACCCGGACGCCGCCCGGCUGCAGUGCACCCGGCACGUGCCCCUCUGUGGUGAGACCGCCGCCAAGCCUCCUCGCUCCCCACGUACCCACAACGCCCGGGAGAACAUACUGCUGUUCUCAAAUGACCUGGAGGACCUGCUGGGGGAUCCCAAGGACGAGUCCCUUUAUAGCUUUGGCCAAAGUGAAAUAUUCACGAGACGAGGGAGUUCUCGAGGGGACGGAACGGUGCCCUCAGGGUCCGGUCGGAAAGGUUCAGUGGGCCGUGGGGAUGUCUUUGUGGUGAACGAGGACACCGACUUGUUGGAUCCAAUCUUCCAAAAUGGCGGGCAGGUCAACCCUCAGUGGACGCCUUCCACAAAUAAACCAAAGGGAAGCCAGAAGGAAAAGCCCGAAGUGUCCUCCAAGCAGCCGGAGGAGAAUAUUACCACAGACAAGAAGGCUGACUCCGGUGGCAGAACGUUGUCGCGGUUUCCCGGGAAACCGUCUGGUGACAUCAUUGACCUGGACAAAGGAAGUGCCCCCAAGAAACCCCCAGUGGGAUCCCCUGUAACCAAGAGCCCUUCAGAUCCCAGAACAUCCACGUAUUUGUCUGAAAAGGCAGUAGUGGAGGAGGGGAGACCCGUCACCAACAGUAGACAACCUGACAAGGAGCACCGCCCCGUUGUGACCAUUGUAUCCAGAGACGGAGACCGGGCCCUGGGCUCUGAUGGCAGAAUGUACCAACUUCAGAAUGGCCCUCUGGGCCGUAUGGGUCCACCGGGGAAGGAAGGCUGUCCUGGUGAGCCUGGCCUGACCGGAUUUAAAGGUGAUAAGGGUAAACGUGGCCCUGAAGGGCGCCCAGGAAAAAUAGGGGAGCCAGGACCCCCAGGACCGGCAGGUUUACCAACCCUCUACUUGUGGAAGAACACAGCGGAGGAAUGGGCUGCCUUUCAGCAAACCAACUUUUACCAUUUACUGCAAGCUGGAUGGCCUAGUAAAGAAGGGCCCGAAGGACCACCUGGAGAGAUGGGCACGCCGGGCAUACAGGGGCCGCCUGGUGAUGCUGGGGAGCGAGGACAAAUAGGGAUGCCCGGAGAGAUGGGCAAGUGGGGUGCUAGGGGCCCUCCAGGAAAGGCCGGGGCCCCGGGGAGGGACGGUGAAAAUGGAGAAGAUGGUCAGCCCGGGUCACCUGGUGCUCCUGGAUCACAGGGCCCGUGGGGAUACAGGGGAGAACGAGGGUCCAAAGGGGAAAAGGGUGAUGAGGGUCUCGUUGGUCUCAAAGGUCCGAGAGGAGAAAUUGGCGAACCCGGUGAGAAGGGCUCUACUGGCGUACCGGGCCCGCCUGGGCCAGUCGGACCCACAGGGCCUCAGGGAACCCGAGGUGGCUGCGGGCUGACGGGGCCCUUUGGGCCUGAUGGGGAGAGUGGACUGGACGGCCCGCCAGGUCUGCCAGGGCCGAUGGGUGCAGCAGGAUUCACAGGACGAGUUGGUGCUCAAGGGGUUAAUGGCUCAAGGGGAGACGUGGGACCUGCUGGCAGUGUUGGUCCCAAAGGCCCACAGGGGCCUCCGGGCUCAGAGGGACAGAUGGGACCUCCAGGGCUCAGGGGCACCCAGGGACAUCCAGGAAUGACCGGUGCCGCUGGACCUAGAGGCGAACAUGGGCCCGUUGGGCCAGUGGGGGCCCGUGGGGAUCCUGGCUUUGAGGGGCCAAUGGGAGUUACAGGAAGUCCGGGUCCUAUGGGUUUUCCUGGGUUGGUGGGUAACAGGGGACCAGAUGGGGACAAGGGGGAUCCAGGACCUAAAGGCGACAAAGGCAUUCAGGGGGCAGCAGGUAUUAGGGGUCCUCAGGGAGAGAGGGGCCCAAACGGCGUCCAAGGUUUUUCAGGAACCAAGGGCCAGCCUGGCCCCAAAGGCACCGAGGGCACAAAUGGAGAAACUGGUCUUCAGGGAAAAAAGGGCAGCCGUGGAUUAAAGGGAAACCGAGGAGCAGACGGACGUAACGGCAAAGCAGGUCCCAGAGGAAACAAGGGCCGGACUGGAAUGAGGGGCCACUCUGGCCCACCAGGUGCAUCGGGUUUGCCGGGCCCACCUGGACCAGAGGGAGCAGAAGGAAAGCCUGGUACACAGGGUCCCUCGGGUGCAGCUGGCAGCAGUGGCAUUAACGGACUGUCGGGUUCCCAAGGCAUACCUGGAGAGAGAGGAGCCGAUGGCCCGACGGGUCCUCCGGGGUUACCGGGGAAACCAGGACCUCAAGGACCACCUGGACCCUCGGGAGACAAGGGUUUCACAGGGAAGUCGGGCAUGGAGGGGCCUCAGGGCCCAGUGGGCAUGUAUGGUAUCCAGGGGAACGGAGGCAUGCGUGGAGCUCCGGGCUUCACAGGAGAACGGGGUGAGCCAGGUUUACGAGGUUCACCUGGGCCUGUUGGGAAGCCAGGACCUGCAGGUCCGUCGGGCACUUCUGGAGACAAGGGACCCACGGGACCUCAGGGUCGGCCUGGAGAUGAAGGGUCCAAAGGGAUACAGGGCCCACCAGGCUCUCCAGGUCUCCCAGGUAGUGAUGGAACAGCUGGAAAACCUGGCCCCAGGGGAAGCCAAGGGCCUCCAGGACCUCAGGGGCCACAAGGGCCAGCAGGAACCCCAGGCCCACAGGGUGCUGAUGGGUUAUUAGGAGCAGCAGGGGAGAGAGGACACCAGGGUCUCCCUGGCUCUCUUGGUGAUGCUGGCCCCACAGGACAACACGGACAACAGGGUCUAUCGGGCCAAACAGGAAUCGAAGGCCCACCUGGACGGAAAGGAGACCAGGGGGACCACGGGUCUUGUGGGAAACUGGGGCCUCCAGGCCUCCCAGGAGAGAGAGGACUUGAGGGCUCAAAAGGGUCACCGGGGCCACCAGGACCAGAGGGAAAAGAGGGGGAUGUUGGGCAUCCUGGGGAAGUUGGAGAUCCUGGACCCAAAGGGGACACGGGCGAGUUGGGACCUCCAGGUUUGUCUGGUCGAGAAGGGCCUUGGGGAGACCUUGGAGAAAAUGGCCAACGGGGCCUAAAGGGGGACAAGGGCCACGUUGGACUAAUGGGUGAGCCGGGGCUGAUGGGGGACGUGGGACCUACCGGUCUGCCCGGGUUACGGGGAAUCGCAGGCUCCCACGGUCCCCCCGGGCCAGAUGGACCUCAAGGGCAGAAGGGGAUGUCUGGGCCUGAAGGACUUUCUGGACCUCCGGGGUCAAGAGGCCCUCUGGGAAUGACUGGUGUCCGUGGAGUCACAGGAGACUCGGGGGGGCUGGGUCCACCAGGUCCAGUAGGACAUGUUGGACCUCAGGGAGACCAGGGACCUAAAGGGGAAGAGGGCCCACGUGGGCUGAAGGGAGAGCAAGGAGCUCCAGGUCCACUAGGGGAACAGGGUGAGGAGGGUCCGUCAGGAAUCCAAGGUCCUCCAGCUCUUCCAGGGAUUGAGGGGCCUCCUGGAGAGAUGGGACCCCAAGGUCCUCCAGGUACCCCGGGGGCUCCUGGAGUGCAAGGAAGACCAGGGCCUGAGGGGAAAGAAGGCCCGCCAGGGGAAAAGGGAGAUGAUGGACCGGAUGGAUCACCAGGGAAGACGGGUCAUGUUGGAAGGAGGGGGAAACGGGGGAAGGCUGGAAUCAGAGGGAUCCGGGGAGAGAGAGGAGCAAAGGGCCUAAAGGGGGGAACUGGACUGGAUGGCGUCUCUGGAUGGCCUGGGCUCAUCGGAAUCCCAGGCUUGCGUGGAGAGGUGGGCGAUCAAGGUAGAAAGGGGAAAGAGGGCGAGAAAGGAGACAUGGGUCUGCUAGGGCCCCCUGGAGCUGAUGGCAUGAAGGGUAUCCGUGGGCAGGUUGGGUUUCCUGGUCUACUGGGCCCGAUGGGAGAGAAGGGAAAUAUUGGUCUACCAGGACCAAGGGGAACACAAGGGACACCAGGACUGCCUGGCACGAUUGGGUUUAAGGGUUUGAAAGGCUACCAGGGUUUCCCUGGUGUGCGUGGCAGGAGAGGCCUCCCAGGCCCACCUGGGGUCCCUGGACCUCCAGGACAGUCACUGAACAUGACGUUGACCCAGCUUAAGGACCUGAUGUAUGUGUCCGAUAAGCCCAACUAUUCUCUGAUCCAGACUCUGCUAGAUUCUCUGCAGCAGGAGCUCCGGCUGAUGCUGGAUCCUCCCGAUGGCAGCAAGGAGCGUCCUGCCACCACAUGCACGGAGCUCUGGAUCUGUCACCCCGAAUACAGCAGCGGAAUGUAUUACAUCGACCCCAACCAGGGCAGCACAGCGGAUGCUCUGCUAGCCUACUGCAUCUUCUCCUCCACAUCAAAACAGACCUGCCUUCAUCCUCGAGACUCUCAGUUGCCCACAAAAGCCUGGAUGGAAGAACUGUCUGAUGAGGCAUCCUUUCAGUGGCUCAGCAGGCUGGAGCAAGGGUUUCAGUUUUACUAUCAAGGUGCUAAUGUGGUCCAGAUGCGUUUUCUGAGGCUGCACAGCAGCACUGCCGUGCAGAAUGUGACCUUCUCCUGCCACCCAGGACACAGACUGGGACAGACAGACAGCGACAUCAAAUUCCUCACUGACACAAGGAAGCAAAGUUACCUCGGAACGCUUAAAGACUGCGUGCCUGGAGAAGAGACCCUUUCUGGACCUCGGGAGUCGGUCUUUGAGUUUGAGGACCUCCAUCUGCUUCCUCUGAGAGACGUAGCGCUGAUGGGAGGUGGCAACUUCACACACCAGUUUGGCUUCACUGUUGGACCUGUGUGUUUCAGCUAGAGGUGCUGAACAGCCAUGGGACACAAGCCUCUGUUCAAACCAUGGACACCUGGAGGACAGCUGGAACAUGGCUUCCAAUUUCUGAAGACGUCACUUUCCUCUCCUCUGGUUUUGAGGGGAUCGAUCCCUCAAGUAGAGUGACUCCGAUAUUCAAGAAUCUGAGAGGACACAGGCGACGCCUGGCUUUUUUUCACGGAGAAGUCAAUUUUGUUUACAGACAUGUUUAUCUUGUAUUGAAUAAUUUAAAAAUGUAUGGGUUUUUUCUACUUUAUAUACAAUGUUUUUUGUCUCCGUUUGAAUUAUGUGAGGAGUCUAUUUUGGGCUUCAGUCAUAGCCGGCCCCCCGCACGUAUAAAAGCCAGAUUGUCCAACCUGACCUCUUAACAAUGUGUUCCGCAUGAGGACACUGCUUCUCUGGUCUCCUUGGGAGUGAGUGACCAGGCCAUUGGAACAUCUCACUGUAAGGCCACGACUUUGGUACUGUCAUUGACCUUGGAUGUGUCAACUUUAUCUAACCAUAUCACGUUUUAUUUGAACGGGCAUUUCUUUACUUCCCCAAACAGUAGAAAUAGAGUCACAUUGUCUCAUGCAUACUUGGUGUUGUCAAUGGCAAAUUUCCUCAUUUUGAAAAAACAUAGUGUAUUGUUUUUCCAGUUUAAUGUAAUUGUAAGGGUUACUUUUUUACGUCUCAGGUAUGAUACAUUAAUAAUGUACACAUAGCUGCUAAAGCUGCUGUUGCCAUGUUUUGCAGUUUAGUAACAAUAAAUCAGUUAAAAAAGCGUUGAUAAGUUUCAGUCACUGAUCUUCAUUAGCGUUUUUAAAGUAAAGUUUAUAGUGUAGCCACAGGCAGCACCAACCAAUCACAACUGAUCUGAUAAAAGACCAGACACGAUAAUCCAACAAAGACAAUAAUUAAACACAUUGUAUUGAAAAAUAAUGCAAUGAAAUCCUCAUACCGGGAAGAAAGGGAAGGAGAGUAUUGCCUUUCAAACAAAAAAUGACUGACUGAAAUAUUAGGUGCAACAAUGGAGAAUUUAGUUUGAUUAUCGAAGUAGUAUUUUCUCCUUUUCUUUGCGAGUCUCUGACAUAAACAUUGAUGCUGGUUUAUGCAUUUAUUUCUGACUAUACAAAGUGUACCACAUUUUAAUUUGACAUAAUUCUGCUACGCAUCUAUUUAGUUUAUUUUAGACUACUUACUGAACUUUGUUCUUCUCAUGCAAAGCAAAGACUGAAGUUAAAUAACCGAAGCGCACAGAUCUACUUACGUCCUCCCAGAACAAUACUUUUCUUUCACUGUAUUGAAAAGAAUUACAUAAUGCAUAAGUUUGGCUGUAAAGUAAGAGGAUCCCCCUGGCCCUGCAGAGCUUUGUCGGUCCAUGGUAGGAAAGAAAUUACAACCCACUUAGCAUUGAGUAAUUGCUGUGAACCUGAAUUUCAUUCAGGUUAUUAAUUCGAUCUGAGGAGUGCUUUGGUCCAGAUAAAAGCAGCAAGCCUUGUAGCCUCUCAACAGGAACCACGAUUCGCUGUGUGUCCCUGAGUUGGUGAGCAGUGAGUAAUAAGAGGGGUGCACUCGGUGCAGGGGGUGCGGGAGUCAUUUGAGGGGGAUGUCAGGGAGCUUGGGGGUCAUCGGCUUUAGCCGACACGGCCGCUGUGCAACGGGAAAACCCCGGGACUUGGAUUGCGUGACUAUAUUUCUCAACUGUGUCGAAUCAGAGAACUUACAAGUUCUUUCACAAGACUGAGAAUUACCACUGUUAUGUAACAGGGAAGAAAUGUACUUAUUCUUAAUCUCAAUUAGUCUAAUUGGACUGGAUUAGACAUUCUGGCCUGGUGUUUGAUGCUACAUGUUUUCCUUUUAUGUUUGGAUUUGUCAUCAUUCCAUAUGAUAGCCUUAGCUGGCUGAGACUGAUCAUUGUUGCUUUACUUGUUUUGUACGAAGUAUCACUUUUGAAAUGUCUGAAAUGACAUGCUGGACAUCCAUCUUGUGUGACCGCCCCCCUUCCCCAUCAGCACAUUCAAAGAACUGUCAGCUGAAUUAAAAAUAAAUACAUA